GCGGUCGUUCGGGGUUAGGUUGUGGGGUGUCGGUCCGUUCAGGGCGGGUGAUGACUCACGGCCCAUCCCAUCUUCCCGACGCCGCCCGCCCGCGCAGAGCUAGCUCCAUGGCUUAACGGAGGAGGCAGUGGCGAGCGGGGGGAGGGGGACUCUUAUUUUGUUAGGGGGACCGGGCCAAGGCCCGACCGGCCUGGCAGGGCUCGCCCGGGGCCGGGCGUCAUGUCUCAUGCAGCCGAGCCAGCUCGGGACGGCGUAGAGACUAGCGCGGAGGGCCCUCGAGCCGUGUUCGUGCUGUUGGAAGAGCGCAGGCCAGCCGACUCGGCCCAGCUGCUCAGCCUGAAUUCUUUGCUUCCGGAAUCUGGGAUUGUUGCUGACAUCGAAUUAGAAAACAUCCUAGACCCUGACAGUUUCUACGAGCUCAAAAGCCAGCCCCUACCCCUCCGCUCCAGCCUCCCAAUAUCACUGCAGGCCACACCAACCACCCCAGCUACACACUCUGCAUCGUCUUCUGCAGGGGGCUCCCGGACCCCUGCCAUGUCAUCAUCGUCAUCAUCACGGGUCCUGCUGCGUCAGCAGCUUAUGAGAGCCCAGGCCCAGGAACAGGAGAGGCGUGAGAGGCGGGAACAGGCAGCGGCCGCUCCCUUCCCCAAUCCUGCACCUGCCUCACCAGCCAUCUCUGUGAUUGGUGUAUCUGCUGGCGGCCACGCGCUGAACCGUCCACCCCCUGCUCAGGUGCCCAGAGAGGUGCUGAAGGUUCAGACCCACCUGGAGAACCCCACACGCUACCACCUGCAGCAAGCUCGCCGGCAGCAAGUGAAACAGUAUUUAUCUACCACGCUUGGACCCAAGCUGGCUUCCCAGGCUCUUACCCCACCACCAGGGCCUGCCACUGCUCAGCCACUUCCUGCCCCUGAAACAGCCCACGCCACCGGCCCCACAGGCAGUGCUCCUAACAGCCCCAUGGCGCUACUCACCAUCGGAUCCAGCUCCGAGAAGGAGAUUGAUGAUGUCAUUGAUGAGAUCAUCAGCCUGGAGUCCAGUUACAACGAUGAGAUGCUCAGCUAUCUUCCCGGAGGCACUGCAGGGCUGCAACUCCCCAGCACGCUGCCUGUGUCGGGAAACCUGCUUGAUGUGUACAGCGGUCAGGGAGUGGCCACACCGGCUAUCACUGUCAGCAAUUCCUGUCCAGCUGAGCUGCCGAACAUCAAACGGGAGCUCUCUGAAACCGAGGCAAAGGCCCUUUUGAAGGAGCGACAGAAGAAAGACAAUCACAACCUAAUUGAACGACGCAGGCGAUUCAACAUUAACGAUAGGAUCAAAGAGCUGGGCACCCUCAUCCCCAAGUCCAAUGAUCCGGAGAUGCGUUGGAACAAGGGCACCAUCCUGAAGGCUUCUGUGGAUUAUAUCCGCAAGUUACAGAAGGAACAGCAACGCUCCAAAGACCUGGAGAGCCGGCAGCGAUCCCUGGAGCAAGCCAACCGAAGCCUGCAGCUCCGAAUUCAGGAGCUAGAGCUGCAGGCCCAGAUCCAUGGUCUGCCAGUACCCCCUACCCCAGGACUGCUCUCCCUAGCCACUAGUUCAAUCUCUGACAGCCUCAAGGCAGAGCAGCUGGACAUUGAGGAGGAGGGCAGGCCAAGCACAACGUUCCAUGUAUCAGGGGGACCUACCCAGAGUGCUCUUCAGCAGCAGCCUCCUGCACCGCCCUCAGAUGCCCUUCUGGACCUGCACUUUCCCAGCGAGCAUUUGGGGGAUCUGGGGGACCCCUUCCACCUGGGCCUAGAGGACAUUCUGAUGGAGGAGGAAGGGGUGGUGGGAGGACUGUCAGGGGGAGCCCUGUCUCCACUGCGGGCUGCCUCUGACCCCCUGCUUUCUUCAGUAUCCCCGGCUGUCUCCAAGGCCAGCAGCAGGCGCAGCAGCUUCAGCAUGGAGGAGGAGUCCUGAUCAGGUCUCACUCUCCC